AAAGGGCUGAAUACCCGACCCAAACAAGGCGGCGCGUGUAAUUUUACAUUUUCUCCGGAAUUUUCUGUUUUCUUUUGACGCUAUAUAUAGAACCUGCUUCUCCGUUGCAAUCCCGUUGAAUGUCGGUUUGCCGGCGAAUAGUUUCCGGUGCUGCUCGUACUUCGUAUUCUCGUUCUCCCUUUCCUUCUGGAAGCUUCGCUUUCGUUCGCCGAUUCUCCUUCACUCUCACUCACUACUCAGUGUUCCCUUUGACCAUGCCUCGGAACCAGAAAAGGGGAAGUUUUAAAGAAAAUAGAUGGGUAGAGAAGAAGAAACCCGAUGGACCAUCUACCUCAUCAUCUGGAUCGCAGAGUUUCACUAAUGCAACCGCUGAAGCUGUUUCUGAAAGAUUUGACACAUUGAGUAUUGCAGAAAGCAAAGAGCAUUCUGUUGCUUCAGUGCCAUCAGUACAAUUUGGGAGCAUCGGGCAAAAACAUCAUGCACCUGUUCGUGAACAGAGAGCUGUGUGGAAGCCCAAAUCAUAUGGAACAGUAAGUGGAGCUACAACAGUAGAAGUUGAUAAAGCUCCACUUGAUCAUAAAACGGUACUGGGCAAUGGAACUCAAACAGAAUCUACUGGGAAAUCUAAUGCUGUUUUGAGUAAUUUGUUCAGUGGUAGAUUAUUGGAGAACUUCAUCGUGGACAACUCGACAUGCUCAGUUGCACAAGUUAGAGCAACAUUUUAUCCAAAAUUUGAGAAUGAGAAGUCGGAUCAAGAGGUUAGAACAAGGAUGGCAGAGAUGGUUUCGAAAGGCUUAGCUACAUUGGAGGUUUCCUUGAAGCAUUCGGGAUCACUUUUCAUGUAUGCUGGACACGAGGGAGGAGCAUAUGCCAAGAAUAGCUAUGGGAAUAUUUAUACUGCUGUUGGCGUCUUUGUACUUGGGCGCAUGUUUCGUGAAGCAUGGGGUUCACAGUCCAGCAAGAAGCAAGCCGAGUUCAAUAAGUUCCUUGAGAGCAACCGUAUGUGCAUAUCAAUGGAACUGGUUACUGCUGUAUUAGGAGACCAUGGGCAACGUCCUCGCGAGGAUUAUGUGGUCGUGACUGCAGUCACCGAGUUGGGUUGUGGAAAACCAAAAUUCUAUUCAACUCCUGAUAUAAUUGCUUUCUGUAGGAAAUGGCGGCUACCAACAAAUCAUGUCUGGUUAUUCUCAACAAGGAAGUCUGUGAUAUCAUUUUUUGCUGCUUACGAUGCACUCUGUGAGGAAGGAACAGCCACAACUGUAUGUAAGGCACUCGAUGAAGUUGCAGACGUAUCUAUUCCUGGAUCAAAAGAUCACAUAAAGGUGCAGGGUGAAAUCUUGGAAGGUCUAGUUGCUCGUAUAGUAACCCGUGAGAGCUCAGAACAUAUGGAGCACGUCUUGAGAGAAUAUUCCCUACCACCGUCGGAGGGAGCUGACCUGGGAUCCAGUCUGCGGGAAAUCUGCGCUGAAAAUAGAAGUGAUGAGAAGCAGCAAAUUAAGGCACUUCUUGAGAGUGUCGGUACCUCUUUCUGCCCAAAUUCUUUGGAUUGGUUUGGAAAUGAUGUAGCUGAUGGCCAUUCAAGAAAUGCAGAUAGAUCUGUUGUUUCCAAAUUUCUGCAAGCGCGCCCUGCAGAUUAUUCCACUAUCAAAUUACAGGAAAUGGUUCGUUUAAUGACGGAAAAGCGCUUCCCCGCUGCUUUUAAGUGUUAUCAUAAUUUUCAUAAAAUCAGCUCCGUGGCAAGUGACGAUCUUCAUUUUAAGAUGGUCAUUCAUGUCCACAGUGAUUCAGCUUUUAGACGGUACCAGAAAGAGAUGAGGCACAAUCCAGGACUAUGGCCACUUUAUCGAGGGUUCUUUGUGGACCUAAACUUAUUCAAGGAUAAGAAGGGGAUAGCAGUGAAAUCCUCCCAGGAAAUUAAUUCUGGGAGUGGCACAAAUGGUGCAUCUGCAAAAGAUGGUUUAGCUGAUGAAGAUGCAAACCUGAUGAUCAAGUUGAAAUUCCUCACAUAUAAGAUAAGGACCUUUUUGAUCCGGAAUGGCUUGUCGGUUCUUUUUAAACAAGGUGAAGCUGCAUACAAGGCCUACUACCUGAGGCAAAUGCAGAAAUGGAAUACUUCAGCUGCAAAGCAAAGAGAACUGAGCAGGAUGCUGGAUGAAUGGGCUGUACAUAUUCGUAGAAAAUAUGGACACAAACAACUGUCUUCAUCCACGUACCUAAGCGAAGCUGAACCAUUCCUGGAGCAGUACGCGAAGCGCAGUCCGAAAAAUCAGGCUUUGAUAGGAUCUGCUGGAAGUUUCGUGAGAGCUGAAGAUUUUAUGGCCAUCAUCGAGGGCCGCAGAGACGAAGAGGGUGACCUUGAGCCAGAGAGAGAUAUAAUACCUUCUAGUCCGACUCCGAUGGUGAAGGAAGUCAUUAGGAAGGACGAGGGACUCAUCGUCUUCUUUCCAGGAAUACCUGGUUGUGCUAAGUCAGCUCUUUGUAAAGAGAUAUUGAGUGCCCCUGGAGGACUUGGUGAUGAUCGUCCAGUCCAUAGUCUGAUGGGUGAUCUUGUCAAAGGAAAAUAUUGGGUAAAGAUUGCUGAAGAGCGGCGCAAGAAACCUUAUUCUGUUCUCCUUGCAGACAAAAUGCCCCCAUUGAGAAUUUGUUUGGGUGGCGUAAUUUGUCUAUUAUGGAAAUCUCUGCAGAUUGAGGACAUGUGUCGUCGCACCAAGGCAUCUGCAAUUCCAGUUGUACCUGAUUCAAAAGGGACUGAAUCAAAUCCAUUCUCUCUCGACGCCCUUGCUGUUUUCAUAUUCCGAGUGCUUAACCGUUCUAAUCACCCAGGAAAUCUUGACAAGUCAUCUCCAAGUGCUGGCUACGUGUUGUUAAUGUUCUACCAUCUAUACGAUGGCAAGAAUCGCACGGAGUUUGAGGCUGAGCUAAUAGACCGUUUUGGUUCGCUUGUGAAGAUGCCCUUAUUGAAACCCAAUAGAGCUCCUUUGCCUGAAUCUGUAAGGUCUACUUUGGAGGAAGGAUUAGAUCUGUACAAGCUUCAUACGAGGUGGCAUGGGAGAUUGGAAUCCAGCAAAGGCACGUAUUGUAAGGAGUGGGCUAAAUGGGAGACUCAAUUGCGUGAGACUUUGCUUCGAAAUGUUGAAUAUCUCAAUUCUAUUCAGGUCCCGUUUGAAUCUUCUGUAGAAAAUGUUCUCAAACAACUUAAAGCAAUUGCUAAGGGAGAAUAUACAGCACCACCUAGUUCUGAAAAACGGAGCUUCGGUACCAUUGUCUAUGCCGCUGUCGAUCUGCCAGUUUCAGAAAUCCUAGAUCAGCUUCAUAACUUAGGUGAGAAGGAUCCUAGAAUCGAAGGUUUCCUCAAGGACAAGAAUUUGAAAAGCAGCCUUACAAAAGCCCAUUUGACCCUCGCUCACAAGAGAAGUCACGGUGUAACUGCUGUAGCCAAUUACGGUCCAUAUGUCCACCAAAACGUACCAAUCGAUAUGCGUGCAAUAUUAUUCUCGGAUAAAACUGCAGCAUUUGAAGCUGAACCUGGUGUAGUUGAAGGUGAGAAGUUGACUUCGAAAAACGAAUGGCCACAUGUCACAUUAUGGACUGCUCAAGGAGUUCAAGCCAGAGAUGCAAAUACGUUGCCUAAUUUACUUGCUGAAGGAAAGGCUACUCGUGUCGAGAUCAACCCGCCUAUCACAAUAACUGGAGUUUUAAAGUUCUUUUGAAUGUUGUUUUGGUGGGGUUAGCUUUUCUCAUAAUUUGGGUUUUAAAAUUCGAAGUUGAAUUGUCGAGGGGUGUAAUAAUCUGAACAAUACUGCAAGUUUGGAGAAUAGUUUUGUAGCAUAGGUUUUCCACUCCGAUAACGAAAAUGAUGAUGAUGAAUACAAUGAUACGAAUAAAGAGUGAAAAUAAAUUAUUGUUUGCUAA